AUGUCUGCUUCUGAUUACUACGAUCAACAGUCCGGUGGCUACGGCCAGCGUCCACCGCCUCCAACGCUUCCGCGACCCUGGUUCGCCGAGUGGGAUCAGCGAGAGGGAAGGUACAUUUUCAUCAAUCAGGAGACUGGACAGCGAAGUUGGGAAUAUCCUCGAGAAGCAUCUGGCAGCGCUGGAAAUAUCUAUGGCGGUUAUGGUGGUGGACAGGAAGGUAACUUUGGCGAAGGGCAGGCCUACGGUAGCGGACAGGGCUAUGGUGCACCUCCUUCCCAGCCCCAACAAGAGGAACAGCAUCACGAGAAGAAGUCUCAUGGUCUUCUCUAUGGAGCUCUAGGUGCAGCUGCCGGUUUGGCAGGCGGUGCGUUCCUCAUGCAUGAAGGGAGUGAAAUCAAAGACGAUCUGGAUGGAGACAAGUAUCGCGCUGAGGAGCGGUUGGAAGAAGACAAGUAUCGUGCCGAGGACGGUUUUGAUCGAUUUGGCKAACGCGUGGAAAGCUUUCCCGAAGACGCCGCUGAGUGGACUGGGAGAAAGGUAGGAGAGGUUGAAGAUAUCCCCCAGGAUGUUGAGCAAGGUUUCGAUCGGUUCGGAGACAGAAUCGAAAAUGGCGUGCAAGAUGUGGAGGACAUACCUGAGGAUGUAGCCGGGUGGGCUGGGGACAAAGUUGGGGAUGUGGAGCGGUUCGGAGACAACAUUGACGACGCUUAUGAUGCUGGGAGGGAUGAGGGCAGAUAUGCUGACGAUGAUGACUACUAG